AUGGCUAGCGGUUCCCGAAAGAGGCGGUUCGAUUUAACUCCCCACGCGAAUGGCAACAUUCUGUCCGAAGCGCCUUCCGAAGGAGCUAUACCUGGUAGCACCUCGACCGCGAGAGCAGGUCGUUUGGAAGGGUCCGCGGGGGGCCCGGGGAGGGCUCGCAGAGCUGCUGGCGGAACGGCGGAAACCGCGAUAGACUUGGCGGAAGAAGUAAGGGACUUGGGGGAAACUGUGAUAGACCUGGCGGAGACCGGUGCAAGUCACGGGCGGAAGCGCCAAGUGCGCCAAGCGGCGGAAACGUCUCUCGCAAUCUCAGCCGUUCAUUCGACUCCCUCACCUUCGCGAGCCGUGAGAGCCUCGCGAGGGUCGCGAGGCCGAGCCGCGAAGCCAGUAGUGGAGAAGCGCUUAACCCGCUUCCUUCCGCAUCCGUCGCGCGCGGUUCUAGACCGAAUAGAACGCGCCUACGUGCAUCGUUUGUAUUUAAUCGGCUUUGACUGGCCGCGCUCGCCCCGCGGAACUGGCGGAGGAGCCGGUAGCGCGGGGGGAACCGGCCGGAGCGCGAGCGUGGGAACUGUUGCGCCUGGUGCGGGUGGCGCGGGCAAUGCUGGUCUCUCUUUGACUCUUCCGCCUCCGCAAUCCUCUCAGUCCCCUUCCUCCCACCCUAUCGUGUCGCCAAGCACUCUCGCUAUUUCCUCUUCCCCCACUCCCACUCUCGCCAGUCCCCCCGCUCGCGCUCUCUCCUCCCCCCACACCCCUUCCUCCACCCCCCCUCCCGCCACCUCCCCGCUCCGCCCCUGCUCCUGCAACUUCCACGUGCUGGGCGCAACCGGUAACGUCUACACGGUUACCAUUUCGCAGCAGCCGUCCUGCACGUGCCCAGACUACGGCAACGGCAACCUGUGCAAGCACAUGCUCUUUGUGCUGCUGCGCGUGCUGCGCGUGGGCGAGGAGGAUCCGCGCGUGUGGCAGCGCUCGCUGCUCUCUACCGAGCUGAACGAGCUUUUGGAUAGGAUAGAUGCAUUGGAAAGAAGAACACUAGCUGCUGCUGCGGAGGGCGAGGAGAUUCUAGCGAGUCCGGCUGUAAGGGAGCAGUUUGCACGCAUUGCUGGGGGAGCUCCUGGUUCUGGUGCUUUGGGCUUGAGAGAUUCUGGUUCCAGGACGGAAGGUGACAGUCAGGAUGCAGAAGUGGGGAAGACGGACCAGAGGCCAAAGCAGCGGCCAAUCGAGGGGGACUGUCCAAUUUGUUACGAGCCUCUAGGAGGGGAGGGAGCAGGGAAGCGUGGUGGUGGGAAGCCAGCAGAGACAGUGGUGUUCUGCCAGCGCUGCGGCAACAACGUUCAUUCGGACUGCUUCUCGCGCUGGAAGGCUGCCAAGAGGGGCGGCAUGGUGACGUGCGUUUGGUGCCGGGCUCCUUGGGGGGAUGGGAGCACCACGCACACGGCUAGGGCACAUUAUGACAGGGAUUCCGACAGUGAUGGUUAUGAGGACGAGGAGGGGCCACAGGAGUAUGUCAAUCUGUCGCAGUAUUCUGAGGCUCACAGGAGUGCAGAUGCCAGCUUGGAAACUCUGUAUCCAGAUACACACAUGUUCUGCAGUGGUGGAAGGAGGAGGCUGAGGCGGCAGUGGUGGUAG